GACCUUGGUUUCCAAAUGAAAUACAAAACUUGCUCUCAUCUGAAAAGAGGACUUUGGACCACUGGGCAACAGUCCAGUUCCUCUUCUCCUUAGUCCAGAGAGCCACAGCUGGUGCACGAUCAUAUGGAAGUGAAGUAAAUGAAGGCAAAAGCACCUCUGUAAAUCAGCAGCAAAAAGAGCAGGAAUACUUAUCUGAAGCAGUUACCAUGGAGACCAACCAGCUUUCAGAAAUGGCUGAUCUAACAGACUGUAAAAUGAAUCCUUGGUGUACAGAGGACCAGAGAUGUCAAUUCACUGAGGAGGUGAAUGAAUGUUUUGCCAUAUAUUUGCCAGAGUGCCUGGAUACCAAACAGAGCCACCCCCAUGAAGAUCUGGAUGGGCAAGAAAACAAAGCCAUAAUUAAUGAAUGUGAUAGCUCAGGUGAGUCUGAUGGAAGCAAAGACUCUCAAGAAGGCAUUAUGGUGAAGGUCAAUGAACAAGAUGAACCAGAUGCCAGAGAAUCUUUGGCCUUUGAGUCUCAUGAAGAGCCUCUUGUGAAUGACACACCAGAAGAAGAAAUGGAAAUCAACAAUUUCGAGGAUACACAAGAGGAAAAACCCGAUGAACCUGAGGAGAGGCUGGAAGCACAAGAAGAAUCUGUGCUGGAGCAGCAAAUGAAUGAGUUGGUGAUUUCUGAAGUCCCGACUGAAUCUUGUCCAGAUAUGGAUGGAGAGGACCUAAGUGAUUGUCUGCUAGUAGAGAUGGCCAUCAUUUCGUCAGACAGUGAUGCUGAAGAGCAGUGGAGGUCUUUAGGUCCAUCAACUGUAGAUAAAGAAGAGAUUGAGGAGAACGGUGAUCUCUUGAGGAUGGAUGAAGCAGAGGUAAACUCAGAAGACCAAGCAAGGCAGGAAGGCAAUGAAGUGAUUGAGAGCAAUGCUGAACUUGAAGAUGAAGCUCUGGCUUUGAACAUUAAUAAAAGUGAGAUUCUAGAACAACCAGAGUGUUCCACUGAAUGUGAGCUACAAGAUAUUUCUUUGGACUCCUCUGCCCAUUACUGCAGUUUAACCAAGAUUGCAGAGGAUGAGGAAGAGCUUGGUAAAACCUCAAAGCAUAACCUUCAGCGUCUGUCCUGUUCAACUUCAGAGCUUGACAAAAAGUUGCCAAAAGACUUCUGCGUGGUUCAGGAAAUAAAGAGUGAGAAUGUCAGCACGGAGCAUCUGGAUUUUAGGAUGGCUCGCAAGCAGUGGCAGAAGAUGGAAGAGCAAACAAAAGGUCUGGUGCACCGGCCAGCGAUAAGGCAGGCAUCUUGCCAGGGUGGACACAGCUUAAUGUACAAGCCUGUUCGCAACAUUGAUCGCCCCAGAAGAGAACCUGACACAGAGAAUCUUGGUCUCGGUGAUUACCAAUACACUCAAUUCAGCCCCUGUUCAGAGGACUCUGGUCUAGAUGACACAAGCUAUAGGUCUCCCUAUGAUGAGCCAGAAACUCCAGUGGAGAGGGAGAUUCGUGAAGCUCUCGAACGAGAAGAGAUUUUCAGACGAGAGAGGGCAAUGGCAAAGAUGUCUGCUGGCGACACUAUCCAAAUUAAACCCAAGCCUGUCGUUCUUCACCACAGCAGAUCUGGGGAGAAAAGUCUGAUGUUUGACUCACCGGAGGACAGAUGCAGAUCUCAGAGACCUCCCAGUGCAAGAACUCCAACUUUGUCCAUCACAGCUUCAUCUGGAAGAAGUCCUACAUACCAUGAAAUGACCGCCAACAAUGUCAUAAUACUUGAGCCGGAUUCGUACCCUAGCAGCCCACAAAGCCAAAGAAAAGGUGGGAUGCUUUCUCCUGGGACGAGCAGUUUUCAAGAAUGGCCAUCCAACAUGAACAAUGUCAUUAUCCUGGAGACAUCGAAUCUCAUCAUCCGAAGUGCCUCGGAAUUCUGCCUGAGCAUUGCAUGUCAAGAGACACAAGAGAGCACCUUUCAGAACAAUCCCUUUUUCAAACUGCGCUCCCACAGCACCCAGUCUCUGGUGGAUCAGGAGAUCAAGUUGGUGAGGCAAAGAGAAGAGGAGCUUAGAAGGGAGAGAGCACAACUAUAUGUAAAGGAGAGAUAUGACACCAUCCUCGUGUCCCCCAGCCAACUGCAGAAUUUCACUUAUGAGAAAACAGGAGAGGUGCCAGCAAAAUCUAAGUCAUCCCCCUCCUCUCCAUCUAUGGCACGCAAAAUGGAUCGCUCAACUUUCUCCUGCGACCACAAGUUCCCUGAUGCACCUUACCUUCGAGUCAGACGGAAAAGUGCACUGGCCCAGAGGUGGGAAGCAGGUAUCUUCGCCAAUCAUCAGCAACAAGACUGAAUUUGCCUAAAUGAAGCAUCGAACCACAAAUCAAGGUUCCAUUACAGUAUACUGUAAGCAUGUGCAAAUGGUUUUAGAGUAAAACAUUCAUUACUAGUACAAACCUGGAAAAAUAAUAGUUGAGUAAAAAUAUUAACAACUGAUGUCAUACCUUUAUAAAAAAUUGGGAUGCUGGUAUUUUCACUCUGAAAUUUAUCCUGGAUAACCUUUUAUAUUAUUCCAGAUUAACAAUUAAUACCAUAAUGUAUAUUUAAAUUGCACUAUGUACAACAAUUAUGCCAAACAUUAAGAAAUGUAUUAUUCUAGUUUCAAUUUACAUAACAUGUUAUAUUAACCAUACAGUGGAGAGCAGAAGCAAAUAAAAAUACAUUUAUCUUUGAUUUAAUCUGAUUAAAAGUGCAAUUUAUAAGACAAGGAAGACCGCUGCUCGGAACGUCUAAGAGUAUAUUGUGGAUGUACUGUAGCUUGCAGAGGUGUUACAAGAAAAGUAGCUGGCUUCUGUACAAUAAUUACAUUGUGAGACUUUUAAAUAUUUUAUGCUUUGAUUGUCUGGAUAUAAUGUGCAUUUAUUCGUCUGUGAAAAUCAUUUAAAAGGUAUGUGGAUUUUACUUCAUAAAAUUCAUGUUUGAAAUGUUUUAAUAGAUAUGUUUCUUCCUUGCAGGAUGUUUUCAAUGCAAUAUUCUGUUCAAACCUCGAAUAAAAUGAAACUGAUAA